CGUUCCUGACGUUAUAAAGUACUGCGUUGUUUGACAAUGUUUUAUUUAUCGCGUAGACGCAGCUGUACAAGUCAGUAGUUACGACUAACAGUAUAUAUCGCCGCCCUCUAUUAGCGACAGGCUGUGUUUUAAAGUCAACGUGCUCUUUCUCUCCCUAUAUAUAUAUAUAUAUAUAUAUCUAUAUAAUAUAUAUUUAUAUACAUCAUAUACAUUUUACGAUGGAUGUAUUCCUUGGAAAAUGGAUAGAAAUCAAAGAAGAUGUGGAAUCUUACCGUCAAUUUAUAGACAAAAUUGGGGUUCCAAAAGAAAUAGCAGAGAAAAUUUUAAAAUAUACAGGAUUUUUUGAAUUGCAAGAAGAUGGCGAUCUGUUUAAAGCAACUACGGGCUAUGUAGAAGAUCCUAGUUUAACUAGAACAUAUCGUUUUAAGAUGAAUGAAACUUUCACUGAUACAGAUAAUUUUGGACAAAAAUUUACAUUGGUUUGUAAAGUUGAAGGUGGCAAAUGCUAUGAUAAAUGCACAAAUUACUAUAAUCAAGCAACGAUUGAGAGUGUCCGAGAAGUUGUUGGAGAUACAUUGAUAGUGACAACGACUUGUGAUGGACAGACAAUGGUUUCAAAAUUCAAAAAACAAUAAAUAUUAAGAAGGAAAUGAAAUUUGCAAAAGUGCACUGGCAAAUAUCAACAUAAUAAUAAUAACAAUAAAAGCAUAAUAAUAAUAAUAAUAAUAAUAAUAAUAAUAAUAUUAAUAAUAAUAGGAAUUUCUAACUGGAGGGUUGAUUAAAAUAACCCAAGUAUUUUGCUGAUAAAUAUUGCAAUAAUCUGGAAGACUGGAAGACAAAAUCACAUUUGGCUGGAUUUAAAUUGGAAAGAGAAAAUAAUGGAAUUAAAUACUGUAAGACCAUUUUGUUAGCUGUUCUGGUGAUUCUAACAACAUCAACAAUAACAAUUGUAAUAUUAGCAUUCAAGUCUUCUUAAAUAAAAAAAACAAACAAUUAAAUUGUUAAUUA